UCACACGCACAUACACACGCUCACACACACACGCACACAUUGUGGAGACAUAAGCACAUACACAUAACUAUAUAAAAAUGUGAAACUACUACCCUCCCUCUCUCUCUCUCACACACACACACACACACACACACAAAGACCAUUUCUGAAAACCUGAGCAUUGUGCUUUCAUUAUUUCUGUCCUCUGUGUCUCAACAGCUCUGAAAUCAUAUCUGCAGUCAAAAACUAACGCCAAAUGUUAAUCAGUCGCACACAUCAUGUACUAUCAUAUCAGGAUGCGGUUCUCUCAUUUGAAUUUAAAUGGACACUUGUGUAACUGGAUUUAGCUCAUUGGUAAGAGCAGCUACCUGCUGCGGGCAAACAUACACACAGGGCCCUAAUUGUAUUGAUGGGCAACCAGCCACGAGCAAAGGCCGUCCCACAUGAACUACAGCUAGCGUGUGGGAGCACUGCCCUGACCCACCCAUGUUGCUUGUGGCCAGUUUAGCCAGUCAAUGAAAUUAGGGCCCACGGUGUUUGAUCAGCUUCAGCAGACAACUUUGAGCAAUAUUGUUUAUCAACUCAAAGCCACACACACACUCCAGGGUAUUCCUGUGUUCACCUGGACACAUUCAUUUUGUGCUCUUCAUUGUCCUCUAUUUAAUUUCUCAGGGCUUGAGGUAAAUGUGAAUUGUGUUGCACUUCUUAGACUUUGUUUCUGAAUUGAGUGUUUUUUUUUUUUUAAAUCAGUAUUACUUGUUCAUAGUCAUACUGGUUAUAUUUAUUAGAAUUAACUUGUGAAAUUACAUCCUCCAUCUCUAGAUGGCGAUACACACCCAGAGUCAGAUUCAAGUUGAUGGCACAUGGUACUUGCAUGAUGUACAUUGAUAUUUUGUUUUAUACAUAAACAUAAAAAAAACGACUUCAGAUAUGUCAAGUGUGGAGUUAUUAGUAGUCUAUAUGAUCGCUAAAAAUGACCAAAUAACCUUACAUGCAACUCAAGUGCUGUUAGUGUUCCACUAACUACUUGGAAAUGGCUAGACAGGUGGCAAAACGAAACAACUAUUGGUCAUUUCAUGUUACCAAGGCUGACUCUUUACUGGAGAAAAAAAAUAAAGAAAAACAGGAAAACAUCACUGCUCUGAAACCCUUGUGUCUUGUUUUGUUAUGAUUUACAGCAGUUCGCAUAUAUUCAUGAUAUUCAUGAUAUUGGUUUGAUGAACUGUGUUAAUCUGGAGUACAGACCUCAAAGGAGCUUUAACUUGUAUAAGGAAGCCUUAUAGAAAACUUAUUGGAACAAAUGUUAUGCACAAACAACUAAUGUGGCUAUUCGCUACUAACCUAAAAAUCGCUGAAUUCUGCACGCAGAGAGAGCUCGAGCGCUUCCUUCAACGUUCAAGACCACAUUGCCAUUAGUUUAAGAGCGCUGGCCGCUCGACUUUAUGCAUCGUACUGGCUAGGCGGAGUUGCAGGAACCGUGAAGGAAAGCACACACCACUACUUGCAGGAAACAUUUGGGCAGAGACGCUCUACCCGAGAGUCCUCGACAGUAGGCGUAUUGUUCGCUGCAAUGAGUCUUUUAAACUGACUUCAACUUUUCCGUGCCAUUGGGCUAGGCUACCUCUUUUGGACAUAAUGAAAAUAACCAUAACGCAUGGUCAUUUCCAGUAGAAGUGUUUUCGCGUCAAUCGAAAAGAAGAAGUGGUGUCAUCAAAGUAUAUAAUCGAAUUCAGUUAGCGUUGUGGGAGUCCAGCCUGCAUGGCCUACACGCUUGGCUCCGGGUCUGACCAAGGCCCUGCCAUAGGCUCCCAGCACUGCAUCACCAAGGUGGAGCUGUCCGUGUGCGGCUCCAGCCUGCUGGACCGGGACGUGGCCUCCAAGUCAGACCCCUUCUGUGUGCUCUUUCAUGAGGUGGAGGAAAACUGGGUGGAGCUUGGCCGGACGGAGACUGCAGUGAACAACCUGAACCCUGUGUUUGGAGUGAAGUUCCAGGUGGACUACCACUUCGAGCAGGUGCAGAAGCUCAAGUUCGCCCUGUUCGACGAGGACAAAUGCAGCUCCCAGCUCUACGAACACGACUUCCUGGGCGAGUUCACCUGCACUCUCGGAGUGAUUGUGUCCAAUAAAAAGCUGCAGCGGCCUCUGAUCUUAGCCAAUGGCAAGCCAGCUGGGAAGGGGGCCAUCACGAUAACUGCCCAGGAGCUAUCUGACAACAGAAUAAUAACACUGACCAUGUGUGGGAGAAGGUUGGACAAGAAGGACUUUUUUGGCAAGUCGGACCCCUACCUCGAGUUCCACAAGCAAGGUGACGAUGGGAAAUGGAUGCUGGUCCACAGAACAGAGGUGAUCAAAAACACCCUGGAUCCCGUCUGGAAGCCGUUUACAGUACCACUCAUCUCGCUCUGCAAUGGAGACGUGGACAGAAGCAUUAAGGUGCUAUGCUAUGACUAUGACAAUGAUGGAGGCCAUGAUUUCAUUGGAGAGUUUCUGACCACCGCCAACAAGAUGAGCGAAGCUCAGAAUUCACUGGAGGUCGAGUUUGAAUGCAUUAAUCCCAAGAAACAGAAGAAGAAGAAGAACUACAAAAACUCUGGGAUCAUCAUUAUGAAGUCUUGCAAGAUCGCGAGGGACUACACCUUCCUGGACUACAUACUAGGAGGCUGUCAACUCAUGUUUACUGUUGGCAUUGACUUCACGGCCUCUAAUGGGAGCCCACGCGAGGCGUCCUCUCUGCACUACAUCAACCCGCUGGGCAGCAACGAGUACCUGUCUGCCAUCUGGGCAGUGGGCCAAAUCAUUCAGGACUAUGACACGGACAAGAUGUUUCCUGCACUGGGAUUCGGAGCUCAACUCCCACCCGACUGGAAGGUUUCCCAUGAGUUUGCCAUCAACUUCGACCCCACAAACCCGUUCUGUUUAGGCGUUGAGGGGAUUGUCAAGGCCUACUCCAACUGCCUUCCCCACAUCCGAUUCUACGGCCCCACCAACUUCGCACCCAUCAUCAACCAUGUGGCACGCUUCGCCUCCCAGGCCCUUCAGCAAGAAACAGCAGCGCAAUACUUCACGCUGCUUAUCAUCACGGAUGGAGUGAUCAGCGACAUGGACGAGACACGCCACGCCAUCGUGCAGGCCGCCAAGCUGCCCAUGUCCAUCAUUAUCAUCGGCGUGGGCAACGCAGACUUCGCUGCCAUGGAGUUUCUGGACGGGGAUAGCAGUGUCCUGCGCUCCUACACCGGCGAGGAGGCUGUGAGGGACAUCGUACAGUUUGUCCCCUUCAGAGACUUCCGCAAUGCUCCGAAGGAAACUUUGGCCAAGUCGGUGCUGGCAGAGCUGCCGCAACAGGUCACACAGUAUUUCAAACAGAGGAACCUGUCGCCUAGCAACACAGUGCCGGAUGAGGCCUGAAGUUCAACUUGCAUGUUGCCAAAUUCUAUUCACCGUUUACAUAUUAAUAUUAAGAAAACAAACAUGACCAACUAUGAGGAAGCGCAUGAUUUUUUUUAAAAGAUAAACGUUUUUAUUUAAUUAAUGUUUUUAAUGUUGAUAAUAAAUGUUGAUUUAUAAAUCAUAAAAUGUAUUUGAAAGCUGUUGUGUAAGUGUUUAGAAACGCUAAACACACCCUCUGAAUUUUAAGGAAGAUAAAGAGGAUUUGAAUGUACCUUUAUACAGAUGUUUUAUGUUUAAAACAAACUUAUUUAACACAAAUCUAUGUAACUUUCAUGUAGUGCAAUUGUAAUUUGUGAAAAUUGUACGGUACCAAGGUGUAUUGAUUUUAUACUGUCUUUUAUGUUACCACUCAGGUCAAUAAAUUGAAAUUGAAAAAGAGAA